AUGAUUUUUCAGCGUGUUCAGAGUCCUAUGUUUAACGUUUACAGCAAUGCAGUAAACACGAUACCACCGACAGAAGGAGCGUGGAGCACCUCUGAUGUCCAUACGAUACGCGGAAGUAUACUAUCCACUUCCACGUAUCAUAAAUUGAUCCGCCCUUCAGAAAGAACCAAUGUUAACGUUUCUCUGAGUCUCCUGACGAUUAAUAAUUUAGAAGUAAAGACACAAACGUUGUCCACUACAGGAUGGUUGACCAUUGAGUGGAUGGAUGAUCGGUUGACAUGGAACGGGGGCACGUACCCGGAUGUUACACAUGUUUACUCACUAGAUUCAGAAGUUUGGAAACCGGAAUUGUUCAUCGAUAACUCUCUUGCUGAUGUAUCGAUAUUGGAAGACGAAAAUGUCAUGUUUAAAAUAAGUCGUGAUGGUGAGGUUGAGUGGAAGCUACCUCGGAUCUUUACGACAUUUUGUAACGUUGACGUCACAUAUUAUCCAUUUGAUACCCAAACGUGUGUCAUAGAAAUCACUAGCUGGGCGUAUACUAUCGAUGAAUUGGUUAUGAAUGCUUCUAGGAGCUCUGUAAACAUUGAGGACAUCAAACCACAUGGUGAGUGGAGUAUCCUAUCUUCAUCUGUCGAAGAGAAGGAACUACAAGAAACAAAAGUAAAUGGUGAUGUGGAAAAGUAUGCGCAGUUGGAUUUCAGCAUAAAAAUGAAACGAAAGUCGAAUUACUACAUAUCCAGUGUGUUACUUCCGAUUUUACUGACCUCCUAUUUAAACAAUUUUGUCUUUAUUCUUCCGGUUGAUUCAGGCGAAAAGGUUGGUUUUAUACUUACUGUACUUUUGGCCCUGGCGGUUCUUCUUACUUUGGUCAGUGACAGUAUACCAUCUACGUCCAUCAACACUAGCGUUUUAUCUGUCUAUCUUGCCGUUACCCUUUGCCUGGGAGUCUUGUGUUGCUUACUGACCGUCCUAGUUAUAAGGAUUCACUUUAAGGACCCGGAUACACCUGUCUCAACCUGGUGGAAGUCCCUCCAUGAUAAACUACUUGUGCCCUUUUCAUGUUGGAAUGGAUGUUUUUGUCGGUGUAGGAAAGGCAAAAACAACGUAAAACCGACAGCUGCCAAAAAUGAUAUGGUUGUCGUGAAUUAUGAGGAUGGUAAAGAUGAUACGACUACCGCCGAUGAACCUGGUACUUCCGGUGAAUUGAAAUGGACGGAAUUGUCUGCUAUCUUAGAUCAUUUUUUCCUGGUUUUAAUGAUAAUAAUUACAACAAUAUCUUCUACCAUAUUUAUGAUAACUCUAGCAGCUGGAGGCAAUAUCAACACAUAACAGAA